AUGACCACCGAAAACCAACCACCAAGCUCUCCUAGGGCACCGUACAGCAUCACUCUGGAGGAUCUGACCCCAACUACCUGGUCAGGACGCCGUCUCGCCGAUAUAGCCUACGGUAUGAAACGGUCCGGCUUCCACCGAUGGGGCUUUGUUAUCUACAGGACGACAUACGACGAUGACAAGGCUUGGGACCGCUACCUCGAAGUGCUUCAGCUCACAAGACUCCGUACCCUUCUGCACGCAGGCGCUGACCUGCUGCUUGAGCAGUACAUGGAUUGGCCUGUGAUUUCUGAUCGAGCUACCCUCGAAGGCGCGUCCAAGGCCGAGGUGCGGAAGCACUUUCAAUCUUGGUGCGAGGCGCGCAGCGAGGAGCGCGACGGCCCUGGAGCCACCGGAACCAGGACUCAAGGGCUGCCACGUUUCAAGCACUGUGUCUAUGUGGACCGCAAAUGCCUCGAGACGCUGGCCAAGCUGCCCAACAACUACCGCGGAGCCCGGAUGGAGCUGUCUAACAUGGUGACUGUCAUCAUUGAUGGCGCUUUCGACAGGAGAACGCCUGGAGAUGACGAGGGUUUGUAUUCUGAGAUUGAGGGCUGCACGGAACGGUACGUGGGCUGGAGGUAUGAAGAAGUCGAGAUGCUGGUCGGCACGUACGAAGAGUCCCAUCAAUAUCCUUUGAGUCAUAUUGACUACAAGCGGCCCCCUCUCAUUUCGCCCUUUGGACGUAAGUCGAUGCCAGCCUGA